GACGCAGCUGCUAAUCCAUGAAUCACACAUCAACUGCUUUGAAUAAUUCGAAAAAUCAAUUGCUAAUAAACGCAAUUAAACCCAAUCAAAAUGUAAAGAGCGGCAUAUCCUGUUCACCAAGUACAUUCACAAUACCAACGUUAAAAGUUGGCGCUGAUUUGUCUACUUUCGACGUCCUAAAUGUUCAAAAGCAAACAGAUCAGCAAGGUGUUAGCGGUGGUACAGUUUCUAAUGAAUCUACAACGAAAUUAAAUCAGUUUUUAUUAAGCCAACUAAAAGAGAAGCAAGCGGCCAAUGAUGAGAAUUCAACGGAAAACUGUAAUGGCAUUUUAUUGCCCAAAUUGCAGUUAAGCGGUGUUAUUACAAAUACGGAUAGAACUUACCCACCAGCAAAAGCGAAAUUUGACAUACCUUUAAUUAAAACCAACGUAACAACCCAGACUUCCAAUACUAGUGUUGGCAAUUUGUCCUCUGAGUUUAAUAAACUAGAUUUCAACGGAUCUCUUACCGUUAAACCGUCAACACAAAACAUUGAUCUUACUACUGCGUUAGCGACCGCAACUUGUAAAGAACAAUUUAAACGUUCUUGCAAGGCAAUUAAUGCAACGUCGAAAACUCAAUUAGAUAAUGAUGUUGUUUUCGAUAUUCCUUUUAUUGAAUGCGAUCGUCAAGAUACAUUUUCUAAAAAAUUUUCACUGGAUGAUGUAACAAACGAACAUUGUCAAACCGACGUUUCCCAAGUAAUUUUAAAAUAUAACAUUGCCCAACCAUCUCCUUUGGGUCGCCUGUUAACCCAACGACAUCGCAUCAAAUCUAUAACCGCAACGACAUUGAUGAAUUCGUCUUCAUCGACUAAUAAAAAAGUAAAGCAUAAGAUUGUACCUUUUCAAUUUGAUACCAAAUCACCAGAUGAUUUAGUUUUGGCCGCCUUGAAACGUCCGUUCAAAUGACAAUUUAAUUUGUAUAUUUAUGUAUAUUGAUCUGACAAGGAAUUUUAAAUUGUUAGCAACUACUCAACACAUCCUUUCUUAGAUCAAAACA